AUGGGAGACAUUGAACAGCCCCUCAAACUACGUUCGCUGGGGCGAUCUGAACAGCUUUCCGCAGUCUCUCACGCCCUAGGUUUUUUCAACAAUGUGGGCUUAUCUGCACACUACGGAGUAUCCGAACCUGCUGCUCAGUACGAUCUACAACGCGUCAUUUACGCUGCAUUGGCAUGUGUGAUACAAGAACAUGCCAUCUUGUCAGCCAUUCCUGUCGACGAAGACUCUCCAGAUUCGUACUGGGUCCAGCUACCAACAAUUGAUCUCACACGCUCUGUCACUUUCUUGACUCGAGAACGGCCAUUGGAAGAGAUCGGAGAGGACUCUGAACUCGACGAGAUACUUCAAGAGCAACACAACAUAGACUUCAAGUCCGAUUACGGCACACUGCCUUUCUGGCGCCUGGUCAUUCUCCGAGAUGCAGAGAACGAGCUCAACUUCACUGCCUCAUUCAUCUUCUACCACAGCAUCGGCGAUGGCGCAGCUGGUCUAGUUUUCCACAAAUCCUUCAGCGAAGCACUAAACGCAGCUUCCUCAUCAAGCGAGUCUUUGUCAAACAUCACCACACUCGUCCACUCCUCACCCAACGCUCAACUCCUCCCAACGCUCGAACAACUCCAUCAACUCCCCCUCAACCCAAACCCAGUCGACCACCGCACCCCAGGCCUCCAAGAAUGGACCGGCGAUUCCAUCCGUCUCCCCUGCCAGACCCACUACCGCACACUCUACCUCUCCCCCACCUCUUCCACCUCCUUCGCCCAAAAAUGCAAGUCCAGCAACCUAUCCGUAACAGCCGGUCUCCAAGCCACCCUCGCCCACGCGCUCUUUGACGCCCUCCCACCAACCACAGAAGCCCUAACAGGCAUCAUACCCAUCAACCUCCGCCCCUGGCUCAAUCUCCCAUCAGGAGACUCCACCAACGCAAUCGGCAGCUUCAUCGACGCUAUCAAAGUUCAAAUACCGCGUUCACACUUUGCCUCCGAGUCGGAAGACGCCGUGCUUGGACUGCCUGCUGCACGCCACACAGCAGACGCCAUAUCCAAGUAUCUAACCGGCAACCCCUCGCCAUCAGGUGAACCCUACACUUCCGUCGCGUUCUUCGGCGCAAUUCCCGAUGUCGCCGCUGUCUUCAAAAGUAUGAUUGGUGCACCUCGGGAUGCCGCGUUUGAGAUUUCAAACAUUGGCAGGUUUAUGCGUGGUGCUGGGGAUGAAGAGGCGAAGUGGCGCGUGGGUAGGAUGGCGUUUAGUCGUAGUGCAGUGGCUUUUGGGGCGCCGCUAAAUACAAGUGUUGUGUCUGGUGCGGAUGGGGGGUUGACGAUUGGGUUUUGCUGGCAGGAAGGGGUGCUGGAGGAUAGGUUUGUAGACGGAGUUGUCAAGGGGUUUGGGGGGUAUUUUGAGUCUGAGGGGUUUUAG